AUGACUACCAACGCAGAACAGCUCUUCCAACUCAAAGCGGUGGAUGUGGCCGCGCGGCACGUCCAGCCCUCUUCCUCUCGAGGCAAUCCUUUGAGCGUGCAGAGCGUCCAGACAGCGCACCGGUUCGACAUCCUCUACAGCUGGCUGACGGGCGCUGAUCCCUCGUCAUCAGCCCCUGUAGCCGAAGAUGCGAAGUAUGAUCUGCUGGCGGGUAGCGUGAUGGACCUGGGCUGUGGGCAGGGCGACCAGACUGGCGCGUUGGCUGCGGUGCACGCUGCCAACCCCGAUCUCUACACAAAAAACGGUCGACCAGCCAGCAUCGUCGGCGUCGACCCUGCCCCACCCGACUACGGCGCACCAUACACGCUUCAGCAAGCUCAAGACGUCCUCUCCCAAGCCUACCCCAAUCUAUCCUUCGUGCUCGGCAAGACAGCGCAAGAGGUGCUUGCGACGCUCACCGUGGACACGGUCAUGCUAUCGCACAGCAUGUGGUACUUCCCUUCCGCUCAUGUCCUCAAGGAGACCUUCAUCGCGAUCCGCGAGGCGGGAGUGAAACAUCUGCUGCUCGCAGAAUGGGCAUUGAGCAUCUCGCAUCCAGACGCGCUCCCACACCUCCUCGCCGUGCUACUCCAGGGACAAUCGCCGGUGCAAGGUGGUAACGUGCAGCUCGUACUCAGCCCCAUGCAGAUAAAAGCUCUGGCAAGGGAGGCAGGCUGGAAAGUGGAUCGAGAGGUGACAUUUGCACCAGCGGAAAAGCUCCAAGAUGGAGGUUGGGAGGUGGAUAUAGCGCGAGAUGCGGCGCAAGAGGCGGCCAAAAUGGACUGCGAGGGGUACGCGACAAAACAGAAGCUGCAACAGAGCGUGGAGACGACAAAGAACGCAAUGGAGGAAGCGGUGGUCAGGAUAGGGAGGGUGAGAUGCAUGGACGUGUGGACUGCCCUUCUCAGUCCGAUCUAG